AAGAGUUGUCUUUCUUUAACUGUUAGGGUCAUUAGUAAGAAAAAAAUAACAAAAAAUCAUUAUUGUUUACAAACAUUGCCUUAAAAAACAAAGAAUGCUACAUUGCACAUUAACACUUUUAUUUUUUUCAAUUUGAUGAGAUAAUGCAAUUGCUGAAGGUUGGUUUACAGUUGGCGUAACCGACUGAGUCAACACAAAAGUUGUCUUUUUUUUCACGGAUUUGACACUGACACUUAGGAAGAUGAGUGAUGAUUUGAAAUGGGAUUGCCCACGCUGCACUUACAAGAAUUUUCCUGCAUCAAGAAAAUGCUGUCUAUGCCAGGGUCCGAGACCUGCUACCAUUAUAUCAGACCUGGAAAAUUCAGAGCAAGAUAUUUACAAGGUGGCGGAACUGGAAGCUAGAAACAAUGACUCACAUAUAGACAAGACAAACGACUCUACAUGGGUCUGUGCUCAUUGUACUUACAAAAAUCCUCUCUCAUACAAAGAGAAAUGUGCCCAGUGUUUAAUGCCAAAAAAUUUCAAAAUGCCAGUUUCGCCAAAAAUCGAUUCAAUCGGGACAGAUAGAACAAAACGUUUAGAUUUAAAACCUUCAACAGUGACAUCAGGGGAGUCGUCUGUGGCGGGUACAUCUAAAAUGUUGAUGUUGAAAGAUAAGUUCUCUUUCACUAAAACCAUAGCGGCUGUGAUAAAGUGGUCAUGUAGAGCUUGCACUUACGAGAACUUCCCAAAGACUCCAGCUUGUAUCAUGUGUCAUACUAGCCGAGACUUGUCGCCAGAUGAUAAUUCUGAUGACACCUCUUCAAAACAGUUACAUUUAAAUGAGCUUCAGUUGGAAAUUGACGUUGACUCCAAAAACCAGGAAAACAUUAAAUCUGGACAAAACUCCCCAAACAGAACAAAUGUCAGUCAGAGAAAUAAUAAAUCUGGUCAAAAUUCUCCCCAAAACAUGAACGAAGAAUCAAAUUUAAAUGUUAGUAGAGUAAGUCCUGUUUCAUCAAAUAAUAGUAAUAGAUCAGGUCAGAACUCAGCAAAUAAUUCAGGGCAAAAUUCUCCAAACAAUAAAUCUUCACCUUCAUCAUCUCACAGGAAUUUAAGUCAAGAAAAUAUCAUACCAUAUAACAAAGAUUCAGAGCUAGGCUCUCCAAAAAAUAACAGGUCUGGGCUAGUUUCUCCAAAUGAUUCAGGUCAGAUUACACCAAGUAGCGUCGUACGUGGCUCUCCAGGCAUAGCUCGAGCUUCAAAGAGUAAUAGGAAUCAAAACCGAGUCAGGAAUGAGACAUUGUAUAUUCAAGAUACAGUUGGUGCAAUAGGUGGAAUGAAAGAUGACGACAGGCGUGAACGUAGAAUACAAAAACUCAGGAAAAAACUGGGUCGCGAAGAUACAAUAUGGUUGAAUGCCUGUGAAUCAGUUGUAAAUGGUGACUCUAGAGGAAUUGAGAUUUAUUUGACAUCAGGUGGCGAUCCAGCUCGACAACUCACCAAAGACGAAGUGUUGAUAUUAGGUCGUCCCAGUGCAUUUGAGCCCGGUCACACACUUGUACACUUAGCUUUGAGAUUCAGGCGAGAUGACAUGGUCGCGGUGUUGCUCGCCACCACUGAUAUGUCAUCUAAAGGAUUUAAACGUUUGCCAUCAUAUACAUGUCCAGAUCUGUCGUCUGCUAUAAGGCGGGAUAUUUCAAUGAUGCUUAGACAGCAUAAAGGAUUCUCCUGCUAUUUUCUCGCUGAUUUGUGUACGUUUACUCUACCAGCAAGUAUAUGGGAUUUACCACAGCAUGUUCAGACACAACUUUAUGAUGAAAUACUAGACACAGAUGUUGAUAAAGAAUUAACCGAGGAAUGUGUGAUAAAUUGGAGUGUUGAACUGACGGAGAAUUUACGGAGUAGAUUGUAUGCUCUGUGGAACCGGACCGCCGGAGACUGUCUGCUAGACUCGGUGCUGCAGGCCACGUGGGGUAUAUUAGACAUAGAUAAUACACUGAGGCGGGCAUUGUCUGAUAGUCUCCUCGAGGCUAGAAAUAGUUUUUAUCCGAAAUGGAAGGAGUAUGAAACAGUGCAGGCUCAUUUGAUGAAUUUUAGCCUGGAUGAGGAUCAGUGGCAGAGAGAUUGGGCCUUGUUACUGAGUCUUGCUAGUCAGCCAGGAGCCAGUUUGGAACAGAUGCAUAUAUUUGCUCUUGCCCAUAUUUUAAGACGACCUAUCAUCGUGUAUGGUGUAAAAGUUGUGAAAAGUUUCCGUGGUGAGAGUAUUGACUUUGCCAGAUUUGAAGGUGUAUACUUGCCAUUGCUAUGGGAACGAAGUUUUUGUUCUAAGACACCAAUUGCCCUCGGUUAUACGAGGGGACAUUUCUCAGCCCUAGUUCCCAUGGAGAUAGAUUCUGGUAUCGCCCUGGCAGGAGCUCACAUAGACAAUGCUGUAGAGGAACAGGUGUUUUAUUUGCCAUUAGUUGAUCACGAGGGAGCCUUCCUACCUAUACAUUUUGUCACAGGCUUUGAGCUUGGACAGGAGGAGACAAUACUGAGGAAAUGGUUUGACUGUAUAGUUACCCAGGAAGGACUCUUUGUUGCCAUACAGAAGGUGGAGAAACGACCAGAACUGGUCAGUCAGAUGGUGGAGGUGUGGCUAGAUCAUUAUAGACACGAGGCAAAUAAACGAUCUCACCCGGCAAACACGUCACAAUAUUCGAGCGAGGAGGAAAGUGAUCAGGAAGAAUAAGCUCUUAUAUUUUACAUCGUUGAUACGUAAGGAUGGAGACUACACAGUAAACUCUUCAAAAUGAAGUUAUAAAAACGGAGAGAGGCAAUCUUACUGACGACCGAUACUUAAUUCUUUACUUUAUAUAUGUAACACACCUAUAGACUUAUGUGUUAGCCCCUCCCACUCUUUGCUUAAUUGCAAUAGUGCCUCUUCUCAGUGUCAAUUUAUAUAUUCAAAUUUUAUAAAGAUCUGAUUAAUUGGAUUAUUUGUGAGAGUACUUAACUGUCAAAGGUAUUGAAUAUUAUUGCCAAUAUUUUGUUGUACAAAAUAUUGAAAUAAAGUUCAAUGUGAAACUUUUGACUCUGUUUUUAGCCAUAUGUAACCCAUACAAGUAGAAUUUGAUGGGUUUAAUUGUGUUUUAUAAUCACUACAAAACUGCCCUUGUUUGCUAUUUUGAGAUUUUAUAUUCAUGUAAGUUAUACAUAUAAAGCUAUGUUGUAAAGUUUUUAUUUUCUGUAUAUAUAUAUGUUCAUGUAUAUAAACUGUAAAUAUUGAAAUAUUGUUGAGCAGGAAACUUGUUAUAUAGAGGUUGAUCCUGUAUUUUGAGUGUGGUUUCACCAUAUAUUGAUAAAUUUAGAAUAUUUAGUUUUCUUUUACCUAAUCUUGUGCAAUCAAAAUAUCCUUUUAAUUAAGGAUUGUCAGUUGUGAUUUUAAACCUUUUCCCUGCUGGAACAGAAAGCCUUUGCCACCAGUAUAGAGCCAGGCCAGCAUGCACAUCCGUAUAGUCUGACCUGGCUGUAUACUGAUGGCCAACUUCCUUUCAAGGUUGAUCAUAAUGUCCCCAGAAUUCAUAUCAGACAGUUCCAGAAAUGGAAGUUGAACAAGUCUAAUGAAGAUACUCAGCAGGUUAAGGUUUAAGGUGUUUUAUGAUUAAUAUACUAGAAUAAAAAUAGCCAGUAGAAUAGAGUGUGGUCAGAUUUAACAGAGUGGUCUUUCCCACCAAAAAUUUGUUACAUUUAAUGACAGUGUCUAACAGUAACUUCAUUACUUAACUUGUUACUUAGUUGUAAUGUGUGUAACUAUCUUUUUAUAGAUGUCUACCUGUGGGUGGGGUUUCAAAUCGAUUGGGUCAAGGUCACUUAAGGUUAAAAAUAGAUUUUCCUACUUGUAUCAGGGCCAUAUUUUAGGUAUGUGAAAUGGAAAUGAGGGGUCAGUAUUCUUUUUCAUAUUUGAAAAACUGAAAUUUGUUUUGAUAAUAUAAAGUCGUUACAGAAUAUAAAACUGUUGAAUGGCUAUUUCUGAGUCACUUGCUAAGUCUUGUGUGAUAUUGAAUGUUUUGAUUAUACCCACACUGUAAAAAAUGUUUUUAUUUUUAUCUUGACUAUUGAAAGAAUGGGGCAAGUUAUUACACACCCUGGCGUUGGUGUCUAACUUUGGUUGGUUUCUAACUUUGGUUAAUUUUUUUCGUGCGAGUUGGUUUUUAAAAAACUACUAAAGAAAAUGGGUUGAAUCUUCACACAUUUACUCACUGUUGAAGGCCCAUAACUCUAACAUGGAUUUUGACAUAAUAAUGGCCCUUUUUGAGCUUCUACAUUAUUCAGACAUCUGUUGUACCACCAAACACUGAGAAUAGUCGAGCAAGCUGUCCUGCUGACAGCUCUUGUUUGUCAUAGAUUAGAUAUUGUAUUUUUCCUUAUUAAUUUUUCUAGUUAUCUGACAUUUAUUUCCACAGUUCAUUGGUUUAGCUACAGGUAUGAAUCUUGUCUUUAGCUAAAUGUAAAUGGACAGUAUGCCUAUGAAAGCUGGAGCAUUAAUUAGAGGAAAUACAGUAUGAUUUUGUUUUUUUGCAGUUCAAUAUAUGAUUUUUUGUUAUUUAUUUAUAAUGGUAUGUUUAUGAUUAAAAUUUUAUUGUUAAAUGUUGUUACUUACUUCAAUGGGUUUGUUAUUUUAGUUUUUAAAGCUGGUAUCCCGGGCUUGUUUGUUUAAACAUUUUUUCAACAGAUCAAUGCUGCAUUAUUCAGUCUUGUUCUUUACAGUUUUAUUUUGACCAUUGUCUAAAUGAUCAGCACCUGGUGUUUCUGAUGAACUUGUGUAUUAUUGUGUACAAUGUAAUUAAUAUGAAAUAAGCUGGGGCUUGUAGGUCAGUAUAAACUAACAGGUGGAUUGUGCUGUUUUACAGUGUUGACCAUGGACUGGCCAGUUAACUCAUUGUAACAAAACAUGAGAAAAAGCAUUUCUUAUAAACAUUGCAAAUUAAUAACACGGAUGCAAAGCAAAUGGUUAAUGUUUAACAUCAUAUGACAAUGUAUUAUUGGCAGCAUCAAAAUGUACAUCAACUUCUACCCACAAAGCCAAAGUUACUUUACUAUAAUUCUUUCUCUCAUGAAGAAACAAUAUUUUUAAAUAUUUGUAUUCUUCAAUAUGGAUUCAAUAAGUUGAUUACAGAUAGUUUGAUAUGGAAAGCAGUAUUUUCUUGCCUCAGAAUAAAGAAAAAUUUUCCCACUUCUGAUCAUUCAUCACUAAUUGACACAAAAUGGAAUCCAUUCCAUUUCUUUUUAAUUGCCAGUACAUGUUAUUCAUCACCUAAGUGCAAUAACAAUUUAAAUCCAAUUAGAUUAUAUAAGGAGUUAACCUGUUACUGCGCUAAAGUGCUGAUUUAACAAUUAAAAUGUUGUGAUCCAGUAAAAUUAUGAUCUCCAAAAAAAAAAGGUCAUAAAAUGCAUGAACAUAGCUCAUUCAUUGAUUCUGUGAUAAUGUCAGAGGUAUGGUUACUACCUUUAUGGAAAUAUGAGUCAGUAGUUUGUCUUUUGAAUGAUUUGUCAGUGGUGUAGAAAUGAGAUGCACAAGUUCUGGCAAAGUCUUUACAUUAAAGUUGUAGGCUAAUAAAAUCAUGACAACUUGCAAAAGCCUAGAUAUAAUUAUAACUUCUUAUCACUUGAGCCAUAGCGCACAAGUGUAAUAAAACAUAUUUGAUAAAAACGAUAUUACACUAGUGUAUUAACACAUUUGUGAUGUAAUAAAGCGUACUAAUGUUGGCAUUAUUGAAAGGCUAAUCAAGGAAAAAUGACUUAUUAACUGUAAACAGUUCUAAUGUUAGAUAUCUGAUAAAUAGAAUAUUGUAUUUGUCUAGAUUUAAUACUAGAUUUAUUAAUCUCAUUGAAUAAAACAAUACAGUGCUUACCAGAACCCCACAUAUUAUAAUUUUAUUCAACUUGUUCAACAAAUUUGGUAUUAAAUCUACUCUCGUGUAAUAUUCUCUAUUGCGUAUUAUUCCCCUUUGUUAAUUAAGUGGCCCUUGUACAAGCAUAUGAAGAAGUGAUAAUAAUCAAGUUGUAGCUCUUGUCAUGCUAUAGAAUUAUGUCCUUGCAGUUGUUCUUGUAUAGCUUUAAAUUAGGUGACCCUUGUAAAUAAAUACCUUGUUUUCCCUUAUAAAGUUCACAAAUAUAUCCCUACUAAAGGGCAACCUUUGAAAAUGCUUGUUUGCAGUUACAAAAUAAAACCUUCAUUGCAAAACAUUUUUUAGUAGUUUUCACUGCAAUAUUUACUCUUUUCAGUGACAAAGAUACCAAAAGCUUAAGUUGCAAACAAAUAUAAAUUUUUAGGAUGGAUAUACACAUACAUGUAUUUAUAACCUCUGUAAACCUAUAUUACCAGACAUUAUUGUUAUAUUUGAACAGUGCUUGCAUUGUAUUGUGCCCUAUCAGUAUUGGAAGCAUUUUGCAAAUAUUGUGUUAGAGAAUUUAAGAAAUAAAAAUUUAUAUAAGA